AUGGUUCCAGUGUCGCGGCCAGAUGGCCAUCUCAAUCUCAACUACAUCCCAGUUUCUCAGCCAAUGUCAGGGACGUCGACGGGCAGUAACUCUCCAAACGAGUUGGGCGGAAAUCUAGGCAAGUCUCCGUUUGGUACCGCCAAUGGACUGGGGACUACUCCAGGUUCAUUAGGUAGCACACGCAUAGGGGCUGGAUCCCCCUCUCACGAGCUGGGUACUCGCCUGUAUUCGAAACGAGCACGUGAAAUUCAAGCCCAAGAAGGUGUUCCCACAAGCAUCUGGGGACCACCCACGAGCGGCCACUCAACACCGCUGCGUGAAAAUAUUCCUGAAUCUCCCAGUCAGGAUGGAUUUCCCGACCUGAUCCCCUCAGAGCCUACAUUGAGCAGCCCUGCGCGAAGGGCGAGAGCUGGCACUGUACCAUCGCGAUUCCCAGCUGUUGGCACUCUAAACGCAACCUCUCAGGCACCGUCUCUAAUGUCUAAAACGUCAAGGCCUACGCCGUCUACCAGCCCGUUUCGUCCGCCAGGCUUGUCCGGUAUCGAUACCAGCGGAAGAACUGUAACUUCAGGCGCCGGUCCUAACACGACCGUUUUGUCUCGCUUGCGAGCAGGUUCAAUGCCUCAGCGCCCAAACAGCUUCCUAGGAUCCUCGAAUCCAUUCGGACCCUCUGUAUUCUCUACGAGCUGGGCAUCAGGGCGGGAUCGAGCUACAACCUUGACAAGCAUUCGGUCCUCGGAGGGCCCAACUUCUCCUUCCCAAUCAUCAUUCUCAGGCGGCGGUCUCGCCGACAGCGACGUAAAGACCCUAGACUACCUGGGUUUGGCCGAGACUCCACAGCAACACAACUCUACACUUGCCCACUCGUCUGUUGAAGCUUUACUCCAACAGCAGCAACAACAAUCUUCCCUGCCUCCACUUCUCGCGGAACUCGCCAUGAUAAAGAGCAAUAACAGAUUCAGAUCCUACUCGGUCAACGCCAAGGAGAAAUACGCGGAAGAUGAUGAGGAAUACGGCUCUCCUUAUCCCCAAGUGUCAUCAGGCACUCUGACGCCAUCCGCCGCCGCGACCGCCGCUCAGCUCGCUGCUACCCAGGCGCAGAUCCAUCAACACAAUCUUGCUGUCCAGGCUUUUGCCAACCACGCUUCCGCAAGUCGUCCUCGCGCUCGCACUGCAGGUAUUCUUGACACCCCACCACAACGCUCUUCUAUUCGCAACUAUCUCGCAACUCCCUCUCGAUUGGAAAAUAGUAUAAGUGCCGCGGAUCUUGGAAUCGCAGAAGGUGGUGAGUAUGAUGAACUAUCUGAAGCAGUUCAAAUGAUGCAUCUAGGUGGAGCAAAUGGCGCCAAUCCAAACCUUCGUGCUCCGGUGGAAGUCGCAGAUGAGGGUAGUAUCGAAGGCCCAACGAGGGCCUUGUGGAUCGGUAGCAUUCCAGUCUCGACAACAGUCACUUCUUUGGACGCCAUCUUCAGCAUGUACGGCAAAAUUGAGUCAACACGAGUUCUCACCCACAAAAACUGCGGUUUUGUCAAUUUUGAACGCCUCGAGAGCGCUGUUCAGGCGAAGAACUUACUGAAUGGCAAAGAAAUUUUCCCAGGUGCUGGACCGGUACGAAUUGGCUAUGCUAAAGUUCCAGGUGCUUCUGCCUCUGGAACACCUGGUGGCAACGGUACACAUCUCUCGCCAACGCCCGAUCCACAUACCGCUUUGGGAGAGCACGGGGCUAUUGAUGCAUCAAAGCCAGACCGGGUUGGUACAGAUACCCCGCGAGUUCCUCCUUUGACAGACUUGAAACAGGAAAUGGCCGAAAUAGUGAAAGAGUUUGGGGCCACUGAUGCGGACGUCCAAGCGAUCACUGCUAGCGUCCAACGAUCAAUUGCUUUCCAGGCAUUCGACGACGAAAUUCCUGCCGUUCCUGAACCAAGUGCUACGAGGAUGCAUGAUGCGCCAAAACUUCGCGACAUUCGCAAGCGGAUUGACAAUGGUCUUUGCUCCGUGCAGGAAAUUGAGGAAACAGCCAACGGCAUGCUGCCUGAAAUCGCCGAACUCUCAUCAGACUACCUAGGAAACACUGUUAUUCAGAAGUUAUUCGAGUUCUGCUCGGAGCAGACAAAGGAACAGAUGCUACUCCAAAUCUCACCACAUCUUGCUGAGAUUGGUGUUCACAAGAAUGGAACAUGGGCAGCUCAGAAGAUUAUCGAUGUUGCAAAAGCGCCAAGUCAAAUGCAAAUGAUUGUGGAUAGUCUGCGCCCCUACACAGUUCCGCUUUUCCUCGACCAGUACGGCAAUUACGUGCUACAGUGCUGUCUGCGAUUCGGCAGUCCACACAACGACUUUAUCUUCGAGACCAUGCUCAGUAGGAUGUGGGAAGUGUCCCAAGGACGUUUUGGUGCCCGUGCUAUGCGUGCUUGUCUAGAGAGCCACCAUGCUACCAAAGAUCAACAGCGAAUGUUGGCUGCCGCUAUUGCUUUGCACAGCGUUCAGCUUGCUACCAACGCUAAUGGUGCCUUGCUGCUAACCUGGUUUCUCGACACCUGCACCUUCCCUCGUCGAAGGACUGUACUUGCUCCUCGCCUCGUUCCUCACCUGGUACAUCUCUGUACACACAAAGUUGCUUACUUGACUGUCUUGAAAGUCAUUAAUCAGCGGAACGAGCCCGAAGCGCGAGAGAUUGUUUUGAAGGCACUUUUCUUCAGUCCAAACGAUGAAGCUCUUGAGCGCAUUCUUAGUGAUCCCAGCUCGGGCGCCACAUUGAUAUUCAAAGUUCUUACCACACCUUUCUUUGAUGAAUCGAUGCGUUCCGAGGUCGUCAAGAACGUAUCCAAGGUCUUGACCAAGCUGAAAGCGACCCCGAGCCAAGGCUAUAAACGACUUAUGGAUGAAGUCGGGCUGUCUUCUCGAGCAAGUUCUCGUGACCAUCACGCUGCCAGGGAUGGAAGCACUGGCCACGGCACCAAUGGCGAGAAACAGCACCGCCCCACGUCACGCCCGGCUAGCUCCAAUUACCAGAAUCAGCAGCAGGCCGACAGGCAAUUUGGUGCACAAUACUCGACACCCUCGGGUAUUGAAAAUGGCGCCUCAAUAGGCCGACUAGGUGAGCAGCAACCUUACGACUUUGCUUCGAAUGGCAUGGGCGCUACCAACAGCAUGAAUGGCCUUGGUGGCAUGAAUGCUGGGCCAGGCUUCGGUCAGGACAAUGUGCUUUCUGUGCAGCAGCAACAAAUGCAAUAUCAAGCGUACCUUCAAUCCCGUGGCAUGCCCCAAACUGGAAUGUAUCCCGGAAACAUAGGCGGAAACGUCUAUCAGGGAUAUGCUGGGGCCAUGGACAGUAUGAGGGGUCUUCAGGGUGCUGGCGCAAUACCUGGACCGUCUCAAGUGAACACGAACGCUAUUUUAGGGCAGCCUGCCUUUGCACCUCCUCAAUUCAGCCCUGUUCUAAACCCGGCUCAAAUGUACCAAUAUUCACCUCAAUACUACCCCCAGGCCCAAGCCAUCCCGAACCAGGCUGGGGCUGGUCGACGUGGACGCCACUGA